AUGCCUCCCUCUCAUGCACCGUACGGCAAAUGGACAAGCCCACUCACCGCGGACCGGUUGGCAACUGACAGCAUUUCGCUGCACGAAGUAGUCGUUGAUGAGUCAACUGGUGCUAUUUACUCGGUGGAGUGUCACCCUACCGAAGGUGGUCGCUUUGCAAUCAUCCAACAUCUCAACGGACAAAGCCGGGACGUCUUACCAAGAGAUUACAGUGCACAUGCAACGGUGCAGGAGCUUGGAGGCGGCUCCAUUUUGAUGAGGCCGAAUGGAAGGGUUCUCUUUUCAGACGAGAAAUCAUGCAGUCUGUAUUUGUUAGACCCGGCAUCAAGUGAAGUCGCUCUCGUGCAUUCGACAGUCCAGGGCGUUCGAUAUGCCGAUUUCUGUAAUCAUCCCGUCGAUACGCAGUGGGUGCUUGCAGUCAAAGAAGACCACCGAGAUGCGACCCCUGAGACCCAGGCAACCGAUGUGCACAACACUUUGGUGGCGAUUGACAUUCUCUCUAAUACAGAAGUCACCAUUGCUCAGGGCGAUGACUUCUAUUCGCAUCCUAAGUUUGAUACGUCAGGCAAACAUGUCUCAUGGAUCCAAUGGAGUCAUCCUGACAUGCCCUGGACAGGAACUGUGCUUUACGUAGCCGAGUGGGCGGGUGGAUGUCUGAGGAAUAUAACCAAGGUCGCUGGGGAGUACCAGAAAGAAAGCAUCGCUCAGCCGAAAUGGGGGCUGGAUGGAGCACUGUACUUUGCAUCCGAUCGUACUGGCUAUCUGCAGCUCUACUCAUACAACGUACACGAUACUUCCGUUAGCGCUCUAUAUCUGGAGGGCCUGGCGAAUGCAGACUUCGCCGCUGCCGAGUGGGAGCUGGGCAGUUCCACCUAUAUAUCACUCGACGAAAAGACUAUGGUGGCGACAGCUAUUACUCAUGGCACCAGUGAGCUUGUUCUUAUUGACAUCCCCACAUUGUCGGUCCAAAAGCUGGGGCUUCAGUACGUGGACAUCGGAGUUCGUGCCAAUGGUAUUUUCCGCGCUUCAUCCAGCUCCUUCGUUGUCGUCGGCGCCUCAACGAAGUCUCCCCAGGAACUCAGUUUGAUUUCGCUUACCUCUUCAUUUGAACCGAUUACAACCGUCCUGAAAUCAACAGCAUCAUUCAACCUGGCACCAGAUUACGUUUCUGCCGCGAAAGAAUACACUGCACCUCAGAAGUACGGUCCUAGAUGUGACGGAAAUGUACACAUGUUCUACUUCCCCCCUUGCAAUCCCGAGUUCGAGUGCGACGGACAUCUUCCACCUCUUUUAGUUGCCGUGGAAUUUCUGGCUAAUGAAGGGUUGAUCGACAAAGCCCGCGUAGGGAUCUACGGCGGCAGUGCGGGUGGUUACCUUACGCUGCAGGCUCUGCACAUGUAUCCUGAUGUCUGGGCAGCAGGAGUCAGCUCCUACGGCAUCAGCGACGUGAGGGCACUCCAGGCUGAUUCCUAUAAGUUUGAGAGUCAGGAUGUGGACCGAUUACUAUUGAGCAAGACUGCAAAGGAAGACAAGGAGCAGGAGCUCACAAAUCGCAGCCCAUGCAAUUAUGCCCACAAAAUGAAGGCCCCACUGCUGUUGCUGCAGGGGACGUCGGAUAUGGUGGUUCCUGUGGCCCAGGCAAGAAUGAUGGCUAACGCCAUGCGUGUGCAUGGACGUGUCGCGGAAGUUGUCGAAUUCGAGAAUGAAGGCCAUGGGUGGGUUGGCGAGAAGACCAUCUACGAGUCCUACAAGCGGAAGGAGGAUUGGUGGACACGCCAUUUAACUUGA